AUGGCCUCCCGCAGCGCCGGGACCCUCCUGACCCAGAACCGCGCCACCUACGUACCGCCGGCUCUCAUGCCCGGGUACCGUGGGCAUGUCCCCAACACGGUGUUUUCCUUUGGCGACACCUACGGGAACACCACUCUGAAAUACUUCCAGGAUUUCCGCAAUGCUGCCAUGGAGACCAGCCGCUGCCCCUACAGCAAAGGCGGCCAGUUCCCCACCCUCUUCUCGCCCGACCCUGGCUUAGUGCUGGGGUGCAGGGCGCGGGGCUGGGACAGGUGGCUGCAUGCCCCUUCCUAUUCCCGCUUCAACUUGGAUUUCAGCCGCUCCAAAGAGCUGAAGGAGUUUUACAAGCUCUCCCAGAGGCACCGCGAGCAUUACCGCGACAAGACCGGGACAGAGCAUGUGGUUCCCUACUUUGUGCUGCCGGUCAAGGAGAAGGACAAGUACCCCCACCCUCUUGAUCUCCCGCCUCUGAGCGCGAAGACCCAAUGGCAUUUAUUCCGCGUGUCUCCAGAGAAUUUGCGGACGUACCAAACCUUCCCCUCAGGGAAGAGGGUGACCGCCCAGGAGAGAGAAGUCAGAGACAGCUAUUUUGAGUACAGAGCAUGA